AUGGCAAUAAACGCAAACUUCUUCUUCUUUUUUCUAACUUCUCCUCGUCCCCAUUGUUCUUCUUCUUCUUUUUCUAACAUCUUCGCUCCCCAUUCUUCUUCUUCUUCUUCUUCUUCUUGCUCUCAUCUCUCUCCUCCUUGCUUCCUCUUCCUAAGGUAUUCCUUUUCCUUCCAUUCACCCUUCUUCUUCUUCUUCUCCUCAUCCUUGUAUCAAUCUUUUUCUUCAUCUUCUUUUUUCUUCAUCUCUUUCUUUGUCUUCAUCUCUUUCUUUUCCUUUCUCUCCUUUUUUCUUUUCUCUCUUUUUUCUUUCCCUCUUUUUCCUUUCUCUCCUUUUUUCUUUUCUCUCCUUUUCCUUUCUCUCUUUUUCCUUUUCUUUCUCCUUUUUUUUCUCUUUCCUUUUCUCUUUUUUCCUCUCUUUUCUUUCUCUCGUUUUUUUCCCCUUUUUCUUCUUUUUUUUUUUCUCUUUUUUCCUUUCUCUCUUUUUCCUUUCUCUCGUUUUUCUUUCCCUCUUUUUCCUUUCUCUUCUUUUCCUUUCUCUCUUUUUUCCUUUCUCUCUUUUUCCUUUCUCUCCUUUUCCUUUCUCUCUUUUUCCUUUCUCUCCUUUUUUUCUCUUUUCUUUCUCUCUUUUCCUUUCUCUCUUUUUCCUUUCUCUCCUUUUCCUUUUCUCCUUUUCUUUCCCCUUUUCCUUUCUCUCUCCUUUUCCUUUUCUCUUUUUUUCCUUUCUCUCCUUUUUUCCUUUCUCUCUUUUUCCUUUCUCUCCUUUUCCUUUCUCUCUUUUUCCUUUCUCUCCUUUUUCCUUUCUCUCCUUUUACCUUUCUCUCUUUUUCCUUUCUCUCCUUUUUCCUUUCUCUCCUUUUUUUCUCCUUUUCCUUUCUCUCUUUUUCCUUUUUCUCUCCUUUUCCUUUUCUCUCUUUUUCCUUUCUCUCUUUUUUUCCUUCCUCUCUUUUUUUUUUUUCUCUCUUUUUCCUUUUCUCUCUUUUUCUUUCCCUCUUUUCAUUUCUCUCCUUUUUUUCCCUUUCUCUUUUUUUCCUUUCUCUCCUUUUCCUUUCUCUCUUUUUUUCCUCUUUUCUCUUUUUUCCUUUUCUUUUUUUUUACUUUCUCUCUUUUUUUCCGUUUUUUCUCUCCCUUUUUUCCUUUCUCUCCUUUUUCCUUUCUCUCUCCUCUUUUCCUUUUCUCUUUUCCUUUUCUCCUUUUCCUUUUCUCUCUUUUUUCCUUUUUCUCCCUUUCCUUUCUCUUUUUCCUUUUUCUCUUUUUUCCUCUCCUUUUUCUUUCUCUCCUUUUCUCUUUCCUUUCUCUCCUUUUCCUUUCUCUCCUUUUCCUUUCCCUCUUUUUCAUUUCUCUCCUUUUCCUUUCCCUCUUUUUCAUUUCUCUUUUUUCCUUUCUCUCUUUUUCCUUUCUCACUUUUUCCUUUCUCUCCUUUUCCUUUCUCUCCUUUUUCCUUUCUCUCUUUUUCCUUUCUCUUUUGACUUGGGAAAUGCAGUGA